UCGAAUAUGGGAAAAUCCCACAGCCGCCCUACUUAAGGACAGAGAAGCGCUGUCUCUUUCACACACACCUUCAGGCACUUUACAGCACCUACUACUAAGCUACUACAGCAACACUCUGAGACCGGCUGAGUCAGCGCUCCAGCUAUAAGAAACCAUGGCAAGCAGCAAAGUGUUUCUCCUCUGCUCUCUCGUCAUCCUCACCACCUUCAUCGGCAGCACACAGUCAGCAAGCUGUUGCCUGAUGUUCGGCAGACGUCCGUUGCCAUGCAAACGGCUGCUGGGCUACACCAUCCAGACCAUCCACAACUCAUGCGACAUCAACGCUGUUAUAUUCCACAUUCCAGGGAGGUUUGUGUGCGCCGACCCUUCAACCAACUGGACUCAGAGAGGGAUGAAGUGUUUGGAUCAUAGGAAGAUGAAGAACAAUCAGAUCCUCGCAAGCAGAGCCCCAGGCAACACCACAUCUCCACACAGCAGUUAAUAUCUGCAGCCCAUGACUCUUAAUGCAUUCCCACACCCAAGACUAUGAAGUAAUUUCCUGUUAAAUUAUUCUAUUAUAUCUGAUCAUAUUUGUUCUGUUUUAUAAACAGGGGAGUGUAGUAUUCUUAAUACAUAGUAAACUGUACGCUGUAGAGGCAGAGCAUCAACCAGAUGUAAUGAAAACAUUGUUUUUGAGAAGAAUGUAUAUAGUUUUGUAAAAUUUGUGUUGAUAAGCUCUGAAAUGUUGAGGCCAGUGAAAAGCUGUAUGAAAGUGGGAGGUUUUCAUUGUAAUUUAUUGUCAAAGAAUUUAUUAAAACAGAGAUGUUAAUAAUAA